GCUGUUAGUUUAUUUGAGCAGAUGCUUUUAACCAAAAAAUCAACGAUAUUUCUUUUUUUCUUCGUCAAAUAUUGUUAUGGGGACAAAAACGGACCCCAAUCCCUUCCAGAUAUUUUAAAAAUAUUUAGUGCAGGAGAAUACAGUUUUCGAGUUGGACAGCCCUUAUCAGUACACAACCCUCAAGUAUCAAGACAUCAAAUUCAUAAGGUGCAACUUGUGGAUACAGCAGGUUAUGGCAACUGCCUGGGUCUCACGAUUGAUACUUCUGAAACCGUAAUAUUGGAAUGCCCAGGGAAAAAGGCAGUGAAUCCUGGUUGUUUCGACGUUAUCACUGUGAAUAAAUCUUCUGCAUCAGAUAGACAGGUAACAGUGGCGUGCGUACAGGCAGUAAGUUCUAAAUGCGUGGGAAUAACAACUCCCAAUAGUUUGAAAAUAAGUUUAAGUUGUUUGUCAUCAGAAUCAAAAUUCCCAUUGUCAAGUACAAUUGUUGUACCCAAUAACGGACCACCUCCUAGAAUGUAAUUCACUAAUUUACUAAAACGAGUGUUUGUUUAUCAUUCUGAAAUAAUUAUCUCUAAGUAUUACCAUACGUAGUUACUGCUUUAUAACGAUUUAUAAUUUUAUAUCCGAAUGAUAAGUCACUUAAUACCACCAGUAUGGUUUUCUUAAUAAGUGCUCGACUAACAAUCGAAAAACUAACAACAUUCAUAAAUGAAGGUUUCGAAAAAGGUUCUCAGUUUUUAGAUCUUACUAAAAAAAUUGACUGUGUAUCACAUAAGAUUUUCAUUGAUAAACUGAAAUCAUGUGGUGGGUUUACUGUAAACAGUAGAAUUGAAGAAAUCAUAGGUAUGUCACAAACCGUCAGUGGAGUAUAACAAUAAAAAUUCCCGUUUAACUAAAGUAUGUCAAACAUGGAGUACCUCAAGGAUCUGUACUGGAACCAAUUUUUUUUAAUAAAUACCUACAAACGAUUUCCUGAAUUCAUUAAAUAAUGACGUCUUAAAUAUUCUAUUUACUGAUGACACUAACAUAUAUAAUAAAUAAAAAAUUAUUAUACUUACUAGAUAAUAUUCCUAGUUUACAGUCAAAUGUUCAGAAGUGCAAACACUCUUUAAAUAUAGCUAAGACUAAGACCAUCAUAUUUACCUUAAGAGGAAUUGAUAGUGGCAUAAAUACACAUUUUGCUAAAUUCCUGGAUCUGGAUUCUAAAUUAAUUGAUAGCAAUUUAGAAUCUAGAUAUACAAAAAACUGAAUCGCAAAAAAUCUGUAUUUACUACGGAACCUGGUUGGUAAACUAUCAUUAAAUAUUUAAAAAAAUUAGUUAUUAUAGUUUUAUUUAUAAAAUCUGAGCACAUUUCAGACUAGAAAUGAGUUCGAUUAAAUAAUGCCUUUUAAGAUAUUAAACAAUUUUUUGUAAGCCUAUUUGUUGUUAUAUUUUAUUUACUAUUUUAAUUAUUCACAUUUUAAUGCCAUUUUGUGACUAUAGUUAAGGCUAUGGUAUAUUUUACUUUAUUUAAUGUGUCUUUUUUGUGUU